UUUUGUCAAGAGCAAGCUGUUACGAUAGCCUACAUUAAUUGUAAAUUUUUUAUUUAUUGCGUUUUAAUUAGUUGAGAUUUUGUUUUAAUAUUAGGAAGAUUGUAAUAAGAAUAAAAUCCCGUAGUUAUAGGGAUUUAUUCUUUCUAAGUAUAUGGUCUGUUACAUAUGUAUAUGUUUAAAUAGGUCAAUUGACCUAAUAAUCAUCAAUAAGGAAUAAAGCAAUUAUUCCCUUCUGUUUUCAAGAUGGUAUCAGAGCUCCUGAUCCUAGGAGUCUCUGACCGUAUCCCAAAACAGUGAAUCGCAGUUGUCACUGUUGCGCAGUCUUUACCCAUUCUGUUUCACCGCUGCCUCUGUUUUUUCUUUUUUUUCCCACUGCAGCCUUCAACGCUGUUUUUAUUUAUUACUGCAGCCCAUUGCUGCAUCUUCAAGCAGUCUUCAUCACUCUGCGAUUGUCUUCCUGCAGCCUUCAUUGCUGCACUUUAUUUUUCCCAUUCCUUUAUUCUUGCUGCUAUGGCUGAGGCAAUGAAUUCUAUCCCUGAUUCAGGUGACAAAUUCGUCCCUAAUAAUGGAGAAUUGCAGAAUAUUCACUCUGCAUACAGAUUCAACGGAAAGAACUAUCUUAAGUGGUCCCAACUUACACGAACCAUAUUAAAAGGCAAAGGCAAGGGCAGUCAUCUUACAGAAAAUCCUCCUAGUGAAACAGAAACUAGAUUCAGAUCAUGGGAAGAAGAAGAUUCAAUGAUUAUGGCGUGGCUUUGGAAUUCUAUGAUACCUGAGAUUAGUGACACGUGUAUGUUUCUAAACUCAGCCAAAGAGAUUUGGGAGGCAGUCGAACAAACCUACUCAAAGGCUAAGGAUGCUGCCCAAAUAUAUGAAGUGAAGGUAAAAACUGUGGGAGCUAAACAAGGCAAUAAAUCUGUCACAGAAUAUGCUAAUCAGCUCAAGUCCUUGUGGAUGGAAUUGGAUCAUUAUCGUGUGAUAAAAGCAAAGUGUUCAGAGGAUUCAGUUCUACUCAAUGAGUAUAUUGAGCAAGACCGUGUAUAUGAUUUCCUGGUGGGCCUAAAUCCUGAAUAUGAUCAGGUUCGGAUUCAAAUUCUAGGCAAAGAAAGAGUUCCAAGUCUGAAUGAAGUCAUAGCCAUUAUCCGAAGUGAGGAAAGUAGAAGAAAUCUGAUGUUGGAAAUUCCUACUGCUGAGAGUACCGCAAUGAAGGUAGAAGAUGGAGCGGCAAUGGUGGUUAACCAAAAGAAGAAUAUUUUUCCAGCAGGGGAAAAGAAACAAGAAGAAGUGUGGUGUUCUUAUUGCAAGAAACCACGUCACACAAAGGAGAAGUGUUGGAAACUACAUGGGAAACCACCAAACCGAGAAUGGGGCAGCCAAAGAUUUCAUACCCAAAAGAGGGGAGGCCAAGGACAAGUAAAUUCUGUAAUCGGACAGAAUGAAGAGAUGGGGCAACUGAAUCACGAAGAAAUAGAAAGAGUAAGAUCCUUUCUAAGUAAGAUGGACAAGUCUACAGGUAUGUGUACCUUGAUACAUUCUGGACAGGAACUCGGGGAGGACGAUUGGACGUGCUAAAGAAUGGAAUGGUCUCUAUUACAUAGAAAAUCCCAAUUUGUCUACCAAAAGUCACUCUCUUGUUACAGAAUCUGCCAUGACCGAUAAAGAAAAAAUUCAUCUUCACCAUUGUCGGAUGGGGCAUCCUUCAUUUCAAAUUGUAAAAACUAUCUUUCCCUCUUUAUUUAAAAACAUAGAUAUAGGGAGUAUGUGUUGUGAAGUUUGCGAGUUAGCCAAACAUAGACGUCUCCCUUUUCCUAUUAAUAAUAAAUUGAGUGAUCAACCUUUUUCUCUUGUUCAUACUGAUGUCUGGGGUCCUGCGAAUAUUCCAACUUUUUCAGGUGCUAAAUGGUUUUUAACUUUUAUUGAUGAUUGUACUAGAGUUACUUGGAUUUUUUUAUUAAAACACAAAUCUGAAGUCAGUUCCAUGUGUAUAAAUUUUGUCUCAAUGAUCAAAACUCAAUUUGGUGUCACCAUUAAGAAAAUCAGAUCUGAUAACGCCAAGGACUAUUUUAACAUAACUUUAAAUUCUUUUUGUCAAAAAGAAGGUAUUAUUCAUGAGUCUUCGUGCGUUCACACACCUCAACAAAAUGGGGUGGCUGAGAGGAAAAAUGGGCAUCUUCUAAAUCAUACCAGAGCCCUUCUUUUUCAAAAUCAUGUCCCGAAAAAU